UAUCGGAGCGUUGUGAUUGGCCGCGGCAUGCGAGUCUGAAGCUAUGAGCUGGCGACGGGGGCCUUGCAAGAGCUUCGCGAUCAGCGUCAUCCAGAUCAUAACCAUCAUAUGCCAAGUGUUGACGGAGGAGCCUCGCUUCGCGGAACCGAUCCCCAACGUGACGGUGGCGCUCGGCAGGGAUGCCAGCCUGCCGUGCGUCGUCGAGCACCUCGGCACUUACAAGGUGGCAUGGAUCCACAUCGACCGUCAGAUGAUCCUGACGAUCCACCGGCACGUGAUCACGCGGCUGGCGCGGUUCAGUGUGUCCCACGACAACGCCAUGACGUGGCUGCUGCACGUCAGCCAGGUGCAGCAGGAGGAUAGGGGCUACUACAUGUGCCAGGUCAACACCAACCCCAUGAUCAGCCAAGUGGGGUACCUGCAGGUUGUUGUGCCACCGAACAUCCUGGACGAGGAGUCCACACAGUCAGCAGUGGCAGUCCGCGAGAACCAGAACAUUAGCCUGGUGUGCAAGGCGGACGGCUUCCCCGCGCCGAAGAUCAUGUGGCGGCGAGAAGACGGCCAGCCCAUCUCCGUGGAUAGGAGGAAGAAAGUGACGGUGUACGAGGGGGAGACGCUGAGCCUGCAGCGCAUCAGCCGCACCGAGAUGGGGGCGUACCUGUGCAUCGCCACCAACGCGGUCCCGCCAUCCGUGUCCAAGCGCAUCAUCGUCGACGUUGAGUUUUCCCCGAUGAUCUGGGUGCCGAACCAGCUGGUGGGCGCGCCGGCCGGCACUGACGUCACAGUGGACUGCCACACGGAAGCACAUCCUCGCGCCAUCUCCUACUGGGUCUACGACAACGUGAUGGUCCUGCCCACCAAGAAGUACGCCAUCAAUACAGAGGAGAACUCUUAUAGGGCUCACAUGAAGCUGACAGUACGGAACCUUCAGAUCGGUGACUUCGGCAACUACCGGUGCAUCUCCAAGAACUCCCUGGGCGAGACUGAAGGCUCUAUCAGGCUGUAUGAGAUCCCAAUGCCUUCCACGUCACCCAAAGCGACCGAGAUGAAAAGCAAUGCCAAUAAAGAGAGUACAAGAAGUCUGCACUGCUGGCGGCAGUCGUUUGUGGCUGUUAUCAUAUUGGUUCAGAUGGAUCUAGUUUGAUUACUUUGUCCACUUUAUUAGGAUUAUUUUAAUAUUUAUUUUACGCCCUUUACAUAAUUUAUUUAUCAUAUCAAUAAUAUUUUAUUUAGGUAAAACAAUCAUAAAUUAAAUAUACAUAUACCAAAAUAAUUAUAAACUGGUAAUUUGUCUAUUAUUAUAAAUAGUAAAUUGAAACAUAUCAUCCUGGGGUGUCCUGUCAUAUCCUGAAGUGAAGUUGAGAGAGUGAUUUUAUAUUUGUAUGGAUAUUCAGUUUACCUUCCCGAUAUUAAAUACGAGUAGUCUGUAAGUCUAUCCUCAGAACCCAGCUGAUUUUACUCCUACUAUUUCUAGUGAUAAUCCUCUCAUUGUUUUAUGACUAUAUUUGUGGCUAAGUCGACGGUUAUAUUUGUAUAUUUUGUAGUCUCUUUCCACACCCUAAGAUUUAAUUCUUAUACGCGGUCUAUUCGUGUCCUAUGUCCUUCCAGAGAUAGUCUAGUAAUAAAUAAACUAUUUAUGAUAUUCAUUGUGAUGCCGUGCUUCGCAUAGCUACGAGUAUACCUUACCCUCAUACAACUUAAUGUGCCAAAUUUUGUAAAAUUAUAGUUUUUACUAAAAUAUAUGUAACCCGUUUCUAGUCAAUCCUGUUAAGUUGAAAAAUAAUUCCGUUAUUGAAUAAAUAAUUGUUACAGUGUUCAAUAAUUUUAAUGUUGUUUUCAGUAGUGUUUCCAUUAGUGUAUCGAAUAACCAAGCUUGCCCCUCACGCUUGUUAAAUAAAUGUAAAUAAACAAAAUUGAUGCACAGUAAGAACGAUAAAUUUUAAACGAUUAUAUAAAACUUCAUAUUUGAUAUUAUUUGUUAAUCAAUCGACCUAGAUAUACCUACGUUAAUGUAUAAAAUUGUAUCUUUUAUUAAAAAUAAGAGAUAUAUCACUAGGCUAUAUUUACGUACCUUUACUGUACAGAUUGUGUGAAUUUUGACGAUGUAAAUAAAGAUAUUAAAAUUAGU